AUGUCCGCCCGGCCCACCCCCGCUGCUGCCGUGCCUGGCCAGUCCCGCCAGCGGGCACCGGUGCCUUCCCACCGAAGGCGACCGGCAACGACAGGCUCUUCUUCGCCGGCGUCACCACCACCCCGCCGACCACGGCGGGACGACUCUACCACCACGGACUCAAGCAGCAGCUCUGGUACCCCGGCCACGGUCCGACCGCGCAACCCGACCUUGGCCCGCCAGGAGAUAACCAUCUUCUUCCCGGUCCCUCGCCUCGUUCGAUGUCCUAAGAGGGGCUGCGGAACUUCCUAUGGCGGGUCCUCUUGGACGGCUCGCGUGCAGUCCCUCCGCCGCCACCUGGAGACCGAGCAUGGCCUAAGGAUCCGGAGCAGGGUGUACGUCUGCACCGUCUGUGGCGAAACCAUCCGGGCACGUCCUUCCUACCAUCGCUGCCUGGAAACGGCAGAGAUGCCCGAGCGUCAACCUCCGGGACAACACCAGUGCGACCGAUGCUCGCAAUCGUUCCCGUCUGCCCGGGGCCUUUACAAUCACCGUACCUGGCACCAGACGCAGGACGCUGCAGCUCGAUCCACAGGUUCCUCUCGUCCCGCUCCCACAGGCCCUGCACCCCGGGUCCCUCCCCUCGGCGACCGUGCCGAGACCCCUCUCCUCGACGACUUGUCACAGGCAACGUCGCUACCAGGUCCCCCAAGCAUGCCGAGCCCCACUGGCCAGGCCUCGGUGUCACCACUCGGGUCCUCUACCCGAGUAGCGGCGUCACCUUCGCGAGACACAGGGACCCCACAGACGAAGCCCUCGCCUUCACAGUCGUCGUCAACCACACCUGAGCCCGCCACAUCUGACGACACUGAGCCAGAUGAGGUCGACGACUCUCCUGAGACUCCUGCUGUCGAGGACCCAGUACUUGACAUGCCUCCGGACCAUACCGACCUCGGGGACCAGGCACGGCUCCUGCGCCAACUCCUACGCGAGCCUUUGUCCCAGGACUCCUGGAACCGUUGUGAGGCCGCGUGGGCACAGGCGGUCACUCUGGCCUCAGAGGCUGUCCGGCUGCCCCCCCUGACGACCGACCGGCCACGCCGCCCCUUGAACCCGGCCAACGCGUCGGACAUCCAACGUCUUUACAGACGAAAUCGUCGUCGUGCCGUGCGGUUAAUCCUGGAGGGCCCGUCAAGGCCGUGUGAAAUUCCACUCCAGGAUCUAGAGGACCACUGGGGAACGACGUGGUCUGAGAGAACGGCGGACACGUCUCUCCUCUUCAGGCGCCCCAUCGCACCGGAACCAGUUGACUUGUCAUCGUUUGUUCCCGACGAGGUGCUGCUCCGCCUCCGGAAGUCGGAGAACACCGCCCCGGGCACGGACCGCCUGACCUACCACCAUUGGAAGGCGGUCGAUCCAGAGGCGCGGUUCCUGACGGCAUUAUUCAACGCGUGCGUACAUCACCGUCGCACACCCGACGCGUGGCGCACUUCACGGACGGUCCUCAUCCACAAGAAGGGAGACCCUAGCAUCCCCAGCAACUGGCGGCCCAUUGCCUUGGGGAGUACAGCGUCGAAGCUGUAUGCUAAGUGCCUUGCCGCCCGGCUUGAGACUUGGGCCCUACAACACCAGGUCCUCUCCCAUUGCCAGAAGGGGUUCCUCCCGUACGACGGGGUCUUCGAGCUAAACUACGUGUUUCAACACCACCUGGACGCUGCCAGAGCCGGUGGCCCCGACCUCUGUGCAGCCUUGCUCGAUUUCACCAAGGCGUACGGCUCUGUCCCUCAUCAGGCCCUCUUCGAUGCCCUUCGCGGUGCCGGGGCCGGUGAUGUCUUCACGGACCUAAUCACCGACCUCUACGCCGACAACCGCACGUAUCUAGUCGCAGCUGAAGGCAUUUCCCAGCCAGUCUCCAUCUCGGCCGGGCUUCGCCAAGGAUGCCCUCUCAGCGGCCUCCUGUUCAACUUGGUCAUCGACCCGAUCGUCCGCGACGUCCAGGGCGAGGGCACCGGCCACAACAUCUUGGCCUACGCGGACGACCUGACCCCCCUGGCGACGUCACCCGUUCUCCUCCAGAGCCGCAUCGACAGGAUCGAGGCUCUCGCCACGAGUCUCGGCCUGUCGCUCAAUCCCGCCAAGUGCUCGUCGCUUCAUCUCAGCGGCGCGACGCCUGUCGGGAUGCGGCCGACGUCGUUCUCAGUCUCGGGGACCACCAUCUCGGCUCUCCGCGACUACUAG